AUGUCACAAAACUUCAGGAUUAAAGCAAAACGAAUGAAAAAUACUUUACUUCCGGUGUCCUGCAUGGGGAACAAUGAACAGCAGCUUUCAGUCGCCGAUGAUUUCACUUGUCCGUCUGAAUUCGUACUUUUCAAUGGUAUGUGUUAUUUUGUUCAUACAUCAUUUGUUGAUAAUAUUCAAGAUGGUGAACAUAUAUGUCAUACUCAGUAUUCGAAUAGUAAUCUUGUUAAGUUCGAUUCACACGAAUGGGGUAAUGUCAAUGCGACACAAUUUCUCGGACGAUCAUUAGAUGAUACUCUUCUAGAAUUUUUCUAUUAUCAACUUGAGAAAACACUUACACUUGAGUCAACUAAUAAUAACAAUAAUAAUAAUAAUAAUAAUACGAAUAAAAAACAUUGGCUUCGAUUACUUAUCGGAGAUAAAAUGCAAACUAACGAAUGCGUUCUGCGUUAUUUUAAUCGAUCAUUCGGUGCAUUUACUUUUUUUCGUUCAUGUAAUGAAAGUGGUUACCCUGUUUGUCAAAGUAAAACAAUUCGAAGGGAAAUUCCAAAACCAAUACUGGUCAGUGAAACUAUUAAUAACAUAAGUCAAACUAAAAAUGAUUCACAAGUUGAUUUCAAUACCGAACCAUUUAUCACUACUUCAGCGACUGAGACAAUCUUACCGGUCUCGUCAAACUAUACAGACUUGAUUAUCUCAUCGAACGAAACGAUCUUGUCACAGCUCAAAAGUCCACAUUCGAGCCCUCUUCGUCUUAUCACCAUUACCGGUGCAUUGUUAGCGCUUAUUAUAUUCAUUGUAGGAAGCAUUUUUCUUGGUCGCUAUCUUCGACGAAGUCGUGGAUCGUAUUCAACACGUAGUAGUAUAGUAGGUUUAUCUCGUCGAACAAAGCAUUCAUCAACAACACGACCAUCAAGUGAUAUUCCGAAUACGCCAGCUGUUCUUUAUGCGCGACUUCAAUCGUCACCACCACCAACCGAUACCGAUAUGUCAGUUCCUUUUGACAAUAAGUUAUUGAUUGACGGCAGAGUUGAACUUCUACCUAUUUCUACAAAUCAAACCAGAAAUAUUCAAAAUAGCAAAAUAGAAGAAGAAGAACCAUUAUAUGCAACACUUAAAGAGCAUGAUGAGAAGUGA